CGUCAGUUGAUUUGAUUUGAAGUACAGCAAUGUUGCCGUUUGAUGAGAUUUUAACCCGGUACGUCGGAGAGUUCGGCUGGUACCAGCGCUGGGUUAUGUUCCUCAUGUGUUUCGCUGAGAUCCCCGUGGGUUUCCACAUGUUGUCAGCGGUGUUCCUGGCCAGCAGCCCCGGCCACCACUGCACUGUGCCAGGCCUGCGGACCGUGGAACAGUGUCGGCCUGUGGGGGACGCCCUGGACAUGAGUAUUCCCUGGACAGAGAACGAAGAAGGACGCCGAACUUACAGUAGAUGUGAAAGGUACAACCUUCCUGAUGGAAGCUUCAACAUGAGCUCCGCGGACUUCUGGCAGAGCCACACCCCCGAGAGUCUGUCAGCCGGCGGGACCAUCAGCUGUGACAGGGGGUGGGAGUACGACUGUACCACCUUCACGUCUACUAUAGUUACGGAGUGGGACCUGGUGUGUUCCAGUAAUUGGUUAAAACAGCUGACCACAGCCCUGUACAUGGUGGGAGUGCUUUUCGGAGCGGUGGUGUUUGGGGACAUGGCGGACAGGUUUGGACGCCGCCCUGCCUACCUCCUGUGUCUCCUGGUCCAGCUGGUGUUCGGAGUGGCCACGACGUUCUCACCCAACCUGGUUCUCUUCGUCAUCUUCCGCUUCUUCGUGGGCGCCGCCACGUCAGGGGUCAUCAUCGUGUCAGCUGUCAUGGCUGCGGAGUUCGUGGGUCCGUCGGAGAGGGUGAAAGUUGGGGUGUUACGUCCGGAGUUCUAUGCAGUAGGGGGGAUGAUCAUGGCGGGAAUCGCGUACGGGAUCCGAGACUGGAGACUUCUACAGCUCGCCAUCUCACUACCCAACCUGCUGUACAUCCCUUACUACUGGUGGUGCCCCGAAAGUCCAAGAUGGCUGCUGUCACGUGACAAGGCCAAGGCUAAGGAAAUCAUCUUGAGCAUGGCGAAGACCAACGGUGUGAUCCUGCCUAGUCACGUGCUGGAGGAGGAACUUGGUGAAGACCCCGUCACAAAGUUUGAAAUGUUUGCCCAGCAUGUAACAGGGCAAGAAGAGACACCGAGAAAUUACACCAUCCUGGAUCUUCUGCGCACGCCCAAUAUGAGAAUCAGGACCCUGAUCAUCUUCUGCAUUUGGUUUAUCAACAGUUGCGUGUUCUACGGUGUAUCUUUAAACAUCACUGACCUGAGCGGGAACGCGCACGUGAAUUUCCUCAUCUCCUGUGCUGUGGAAGUUCCCGCCUACGCCUCUCUCCUGUUUCUGCAAGAACGUUUUGGCAGGAAGGUUCCAGUGUUAGUGUAUGAGCUGUUGACUGGAGUGGGUCUGAUCAUCACCGCUGCACUUCCUGCGGGAAGUGUGCGUGUGACUCUGGCGAUGAUCUCUAAGUUCUGCAUCACGGGCGGCGCGCAGGGGGUGAUGAUAUACACCGUGGAACUGUUCCCUACCGUCACAAGGAAUAUCGGGAUGGGUUCCUCCUCCAUGUCUGCCCGUAUCGGCGCCACCAUCUCGCCUUUCCUGUGGCUCCUAGCGGAUGUGUGGCGCCCUGCACCGUUCCUGCUCUUCGGCGUCAUGACCAUCGUGGCCGGGCUGCUGUGUAUGCUGCUGCCGGAGACCAAGGGUGAACAGCUGCCGCAGACUCUGGAGGAUGGGGAGGAGUUCGGGAAGGGAUCGGUGCGUAGAACAUGGACCAAGACUCUCAGGCUGCUACGACUCAGGAAAACAACCGUUGCCUAGCUGUGUGGAAAGUGCAAUCUGGCGGUUGAUUUUAGGAUAGCAUACUCGUUCUUGUCACCUUUGUAACAAGAGUCAGGUAGCAGCGGUACGUUGAAGGCUUUACAGGGUUUAUGAAUUCAAUAAAAACGAAUACUAGUUAUUAGAAGACAUCUACAUUUGCUGCAUUAGGAUACGCCCUCCUGAGGAUUUUUAACCUCCUUGCUGCUACU